UGAGGACGAUAAUGAUGAAGGUAAAGAGAAAGAUCUUGAUUGUGAUGUAAGAGAAAAUGAUGAUAAAGAUGAUAAAGAUGAUAAAGAUGAGAAGGAUGAGAACGACAAAGAAAGAAAAGAAGUUAUUGCCGAUGUUGAAGAUAAAAAUAGAGAGAUUUUGAAAUAUGGAUAUUAUUAUUGA